UAUUUGCAGCAGUGCACAAUGCACAUUCCGUGCGUACGUACCUAGCCGGCAAUAACAGAGCAUCAACAAGCAGAGCAGAAACAGAGCACGCUCCCUUUCUUACUAAAAACCCUAAAAUAUCUUCAUUUUUUGCUAACAUAUUCGAAACCAUCAUAGCUUAAGCUCCGAAAAGAUUACAAUAUCCACACGUUCUUUGCUACCCUUUUCAUUCUCUGUGCUCAUCUUCAGUUGUAAUGGAAGAGCAAAGUAAUGAAGAGAACCCUGUGCAACUAACAUCCUGUGACAAUGGGGGCACAGCCAAUGAUGUCUCUCACUCAGCUGAGGGUCAUCUCAUUCCCAACCCAAAAUUUUUCAUUGCAGCAUCAUCUGGAAGAAAUGAGAGCCACUGGACUUGCUUUCCAAAACCAUCCCAUAACUAUGUUAAGUAUCUUUCAGAAUCCUCAACUUAUCUGCCAAACACUUCCACUGAUUACAUGAUGGGAGGUAGUUAUCUACCUGUUGGCAGCAUCACUGAUGGCAACGUGGUUAAUGGAUCAGACAGAAACUUCUUUUACAAUGAUCCAGGGAAAGUUUGCGCCUUUAAGCCUAUUGGUUCUUCAAGUAAUGACCUUGAGAUUAAGAAGCAGGUGGGGUUUUGGAGGGCUGAUGAAGGAGAGGAAGUGAUUAAAGUUGAAACUGAAAGUAGUCAAAAUUUUCUUUAUGCUGAGAGUCAUCCUUUAUGGACAGCAGAUUCUCUUGGAGAUAAGCAUAAUGCUUUACAUGAUUCAAUGGUAAUGGUUGGUGCACCUGCUUCACUUCCCAAAUCAGGAUCCAGCUCCUCAAAAGAGAAAGCACGUGUCACUGACCGUCAACGCAGGCAACGUAUCGCUGAUAACCUCAAAGCCUUACAUGAAUUGCUUCCAAAUCCAGCAGAGGGAAGUCAAGCAUACAUACUGGACGAUAUUAUUGACUAUGUCAAAUAUUUACAGCUUCAAAUAAAGGAACAAAGUGGAAGUAGAUUGCAAGAAGAAUCAACUGGUAUACCACUAGUUUUUCAUGAGGGUUACGGUCAUUAUAUCAACCAAAAGAUGCUGAAUGAACCCCUUGAGGAGAUAAUGGGGAAACUACUUGAAGAACAUUAUGCAGCAGCUGGUCAGCUACUAGAGAGCAAGGGUCUUUUCCUGCUGCCUAUGGCUUUGGUUGAUGAUUUGAAUGAGGCUAUGCAAACGUUUGGCGAGAGUGCUCUAAAUGCUUGAAGCAAACCAAUUUUCUGGUGCUGUUCCACCUCAGCUUGGAAAACUAAUCAACUUGCAAACCUUUGGAUGAACAAGCUGACAAAAGCACCUUAGCUCCUCCUGAUCUUAGAGUUAAGGAUGAACUAACUCCAGAGCAAGGUGAAUUGAUCAAAAGUUUCUUUAGGAAUAAUUAGUCUGGUCUGGGAAAAACUGAAUGAGGUCAACGGUGAUUCAUCUCCAAUAGAAGUUCUAGACAUUGAAGACAUUAGAACGAAGUGAACUUUUUUUAUUUUAAGUGUUAGUAAAUUUUACAAACUUUCGUACAAUGUAAUGUAGGUUAAUGUUAU